UGUUUUGAGCUAUCGUGCACUGCUUAAAAUAACUAAUAGUCGUCGUAAAUAUUGAACUUCAGUCAGAUUUUGGCGACGCGCGCUGGAUGAAGGAAUGUUACCACUAACGUCCAAGUCAUGCACUUCAAUCUCUCGAGACUUCAACAAUCAUCUGACAACGAUUUCAAGUACACGUACAGUAAAAACCCGCAUGGAGGCAUCUGCAUUUUACUUAGUUGGCCUCAAAAAAUUCUUUUUGAUUGGUGUUCACGGGGAAAUUAGGCUGUAUGUAUAGCUCUGUAUUUUCUUAAGAAAAAGAUGCUUUUGUUGCUGGAAGAAUGCUGGUAAAUAUGCAUAUAUUCACAUCUAAAUGACUGCAAUCUAAACAAAUCCAAACCCUAGUUUAUCUUUCAGGUUAGUUUCUCUCAAUGUUUUUAUAUUGAUGAAACAUCAUUAAAACAAAGCUAAACUAUUUUAGAGCACAACGUAUCUGAAGUGACAGUGCGAGAGAUUUGUUACACGGUGGAGUUUAUUUAAUUUAUGAAUUCCAUGGAAAAAGAAUGUGUGUUAAAUUUUAGGCUAAAGCAUGUUCUUAUAUAAAAGGGAUAAAAAGUAUUUCCAGCAACUGAAUGGUUUCUUUUCAAGAUAUCUAGAAGUUCGUAACAUAGGCUACAGCUUUUAAAUACUUGUACAGCAUAAAAAGCCUAGCAAGGGACCAAGCGCUUCCUGUAUAUAAGCCCGUCGAGGGAAUUAAAAGAAAAGCGCCAAAAAUUUGCUAGUCGUUCUUUAGAAGAGCGCGGUGACAGUUUUACCUCGAUUGUAUUGUACAUGCACUUUACUCAUGAACGCAUCUGUGGGGGAGCAGGGUGAGAGAGCAGGGUGGGAGAGCAGGGGGUGGUGUGGUGGUUCGAACGCUCGCCUUCCACCAAUGUGGCUGGCCAAUGUGGUCCAGGUUUCAAUCCCGGGCCUAGACUGUUCACAGCCCUCUAUUUUCUCGUAAUUUUAUUCGAUCGUUAAACGCGCGGAUAAAAUCGCGGGAGAACUAGACGCCAGCGCAAAACGGGAGACUUGACAGGGUAGGGGGUGAGGACUAACUGUGCUCCAAGUGUUUUUCUCUGGGUCUCCGGUUUUCAUACUUGCAAAAAAACCAACAUUUUCAAAAUUCAAUUCGAUCCGGUAACAGUGGACGAAAAGCCACUCUGUGUAGAUGCCACUAGUAAUUACCAUUUAUUUAGCAUAAUUAUAAUUGUGUCCUUCUCGUGAAUGACCAACGAAUACCUGUUUUUCCUUUUUACAUUUCAGCCAUGAAGAAACUCAAUUCUUCAUUUACGUUGAACUUAACAACAUCACCGCCGAAUUUUUCCCAUUUGGGCAAUAAUGGGCAGGACAUAACAAUGUCCAACAUUAUUCAGUCUGCGUUCCUCGCCAUGGUUAUCAUCGUAGGCGUGACCGCUAACUCCCUUGUGUGCCUCGUCAUCUACAAGAGAAGAAACCUUCACACGGUCCUCUACAGCUUCCUGGUCAGUCUCUCUGUAUCUGAUCUGCUUCAUUCCGCUCUCAAGAUGCCAACUACAUUGCUAUCCACUCUCCAAGUCGUGUGGUAUCCUCAUCCCUUCUUCUGUUACAUCACCACACCCUUUGGUGUCCUUUUUGGAGCCGCAACUGUCUUCAACCUUUGCGCAGUCGCACUGAACCAGUUUUUCAUCAUUGUUAAACCACUUCACUAUCCCAUGAUCAUGACCGCUAGACAUGCCCGUUACGUUAUCGCGGGCCUGUGGGCGGGAAGCGUGGUGAUUUCACUUCCGCCAAUAUUUUGGCGGUCAGCAGAUACCAUUUGCAAGAGCGGCGCCGUAUCUAGUGAUAAAUAUCUCGCUGAAGUCCUAUAUUUAUCCGCCCUCUGGACCUUUGUCGUCAUCAUUCCAUCCAUCGUCAUGGGAACUAGCUACACCAAGAUCUUCUUGGUGGCGCGUCGCCAGAUUUUUAAGAUGAGAGAGGACAAUGAACUAAACGGCGAGCUGCGAGCAUCGCGCACGCGCAGACGCGAAUUUCGUGCGGCAGCGCUGCUCGCGUUGGUCGGCGGGAUUUUUAUUUUUUGCUGGCUUCCUUUCUUCGUUGUUCAAACUUUACACAAGUUCUCCGCGGCUAACAUCGCGCCGUUUUAUUUCCGCCUUUUUCUCUGCAUUAUGUACUCAAAAUCGGCCAUAAAUCCGUUACUAUACACCGCAUUGAAUAAGGAACUGAGAAAAGCAUUGUUACAGUUCUUUGGACUUCAAAAGAAAUCUUCGCGAGAAGGAAGCGGUCGUAUGAACAACAACUGCCAGAUCGGCCACAGACAAAACGAAAGUUUACUGUAAAUUGUAACUAAACAUCC